AUCCAAGAUAAUCCAGAUAAAAUGUGUACCACAUAAGCUAUCAACACAUUUAUGUGGAACACACAACAUUCGAUCUUGCACGGGAAAGGAUCGCUUCAAGCGCUGGAGACAGCUAACAAGCAGGCCGAGCGAUGGAGAAACAGAGCCAUGUGGCCAUCAACAUGACCGGCAGUGGGUCACUGGACGUGGCGCUGGCUCGGGAGGAGGCGCUACACCGCUUCCGAGACAUUAACUGGGCCACCUACACGCGUGCUGGUGGCUUUUCGCUAGAGAAGGCGGAAAUUACAGCAUUGAAAGACCUGGAAGGUGCUAUCAAGCCCGGCGCUGACGACGCCACCAAUGUCAAGGCCGUGGAUGAGUUUAUGAGCGAUGCUGGUCCGUUGGUGGGUAGUGCUCUGCUCAAACUGGUGAAGAAUGUGACGGAACCGACGGUGCUCAAGUACUGCCUAGCUCGAAUGGAAGAGUUGCUGCCUGAUGGUCUGCGUCUGCACAAGCGCAUGGUGUAUUUCGUACCGGAAGGCAGCACAGUGGACGCCGCUCCGUUCUUGAGGAUGAUCCGCAACGAUACCGGUUACUUGCAGUACGCAGCCAGCCACUUACUUGCACUCUUCCUCACAAUUCGCCCACGUCAGGAGGAUGCGGAGGCACUGUGCCAAUGGGCGAUCCAGGCCUUGAAGACUGGUGCAUUGCCGACAUCGACGAACGACUCGACCCGCGCAAAUGUAACACGUGCAGCGGUUGCGUCUCUGAUGGUGCUUCUGCGUAACGAGAAGUUCCGCGUGGUGUUCGUUAAGCUUGGUGGUGUGCUACCAGUGGUGGACUUGCUCGAGAGCUCCCAGAACCGAGCGCAACUGGCGUAUGAGCUCACGUUCAUCCUGUGGACCUUGGCAUUUUGCGACGAAGCUAUGGAGAAGUUCGUGGCUGCCAAGGCAUUGGAUGCGAUCGUGCAGCAAGUGGCAGCAGCUCCGCGAGAGAAAGUUGUUCGUGUUGCUUUAGAAGCUCUUCAGAACCUUCUCGGCAAGCUCAGUGGUUUCUUCAAUGAACGCAUGAUCGACAGUGGACUACUGAAGACACUGAACAACAUGCGCGAGCGAAAGUGGGCUGAUGAAGAUAUCGCCAAGGGCAUCCAGGCUAUCCGUGACGUGCUCAUCCGCGAAUACAAGGAGCUCAACACCAUGGAGCGUUAUGAGAAGGAACUGCGUACAGGAACGCUAAACUGGGGUCUGCUGCACACGGACAAAUUUUGGAAGGACAACUUCAUGACAUUUGAGAACAAGGACUUCGAGCUCAUUCGGUUGCUGAUCGAUUUGUUGGAGUCCGAUGACCCGAAGACAGUAGCGGUGGCUCUGUUUGACUUGGGAGAGUUUGUGCGCUUCUACCCGAACGGCAAACACAUUGCCAAGAGACUUGGCGCCAAGAAGAUGACGAUGAAACUCAUGACCCAUGAAAACGCCGAGGUGCAGAAGCAAGCCCUGCAGUGCAUCUCCAAGAUGAUGGUCAACAAGUGGGAGUUUGUCAAGUAAGGUACAACAGCUUUUGCACGGACAGGAGGCGGUCGUGCAAUAAUUUGUUGAGAAUCAGGACGCAUAAUCCGUGUGGUAUGCAAUAAAUGCAUUCAAAAUGACACUUCAUGUAUUAUAGAUUGAGU